AUGCAAUGUUGCUUUCCUACUUUAUGUCCAGACGGUUUGGGUGGUUAUCACCCUCUGGAAUUCGAAACUAGACAUCACGAGUACAAUCUAGCCGAAUAUUGUGCUCACUUGAUGAAGUGGCACGACCGGCGCUAUGUUAUCCACGGCAAUUUUAAAUUCUUCUGCAUGAAUCUAAUUCAACGCCGUCAAAUUGACGGUUUAGUUCGACGAAUUCGCUAUUCUGAAACACUUGUGAGAGGUAGUGGACUAUACUGGUCGAACGUACGAGAAGACCUAAUGUCAAUGAUAGGAAAUCGAAUUUCGCUCGAGCAUGCAAUCCUGCAUUGA